AUGGCUGCUCCUGACGUUUCUCCUUCCCUUCGUCCUCUCCAUCAUUCCUUUCCUUCCUUCAGGAAGGGCGACCUGCAGGUACUCGCUGGCGAGUACCGGCCUGGUACCCUUUUCAUGUGGGACCAGCUCUCCCUCUUUGACGAGCUGCUUUGGGGGGCCGCAGAACCGGACAUGUUUGUACUGGCCUGGGAGCUCUCUGGGCUCCACAGCAACCUGGUGGUGGUUGUGGCCCCAGGAACGGAAAAUGCCUGGAUACUCCGUGUGGUCCUGGCGCCUAAGCUCCUGUGGUUCGGUCUCCAUUGGACGGGGUUGCCAUACACUGUCCAGCUGACCCAUGACUCCCCCAACCUCCUCGACCUCCUCAUCUCCCGCUACUGGUUGCCUUGGUGGCCCUCCAUUAUAACAUGGGGGCCAGCAACUGAUGGUGGAACCUUAUCCACCAUCUGGGGACCUACAUACCCCCUGCGGUGGCUUCUGCCGCCAACACAGCUAUCGUUCCUCGAAGCCUUCUGA